GAGGGCGUGUUCAAGCACACUACGGAGGCAGGAGGCAUUGUACUGAGUUAUUGCGUUUCAGAGUAGCAGCAUCGCUUGUGAGGAUGCAGAGAGAACAUCAGUAACGUUUCUCAAAUAAAAGAGAGGGAUCUGUCUGUCAAACAGUUCCGUGGAUUUCCCGAGAGGUUGAUCUGAGCGCGUUACGUUUGCUUUCGUUUGCUGAAUGCGCCCCCAUUGUCAACCUGCUGGGGGCCUGAAAGUGAAGCACCACCCGGCUUUAUGAAUGGGGAUGCUCGGUUCCCAUGCUAACUGCAAUUGAAGAGUCAAUUAUCACCUCAACGUCUCUCACAAGGAUUAUAUAAACAAGAUUUUGAAGGUUUUUUCUGACUUAAAAAAACAAACUCAUCAGCCACCAUGCCGAUCCUCAAACAGCUCGUGUCUGGCACCUCCCAGACCAAGCGUCGCAUGGACCUGACCCGUGAGAUGAUCAGUGCCCCGCUGGGCGACUUCCGCCACACCAUGCAUGUAGGCCGGAGUGGCGACGCGUUUGGAGACACAUCCUUUCUCAGCACCCGCUCAGGAGAACCUCCCCCUGAGAGCAGUUCCCUCCCCCGCUCUCCCCGGCCCAGCCUCCUGUCUCGCACCUUCAGGAGUAGCAAACGCUCCCAGUCGGUAAACAGGGUUGACCAGCAGAGGGACAUCCUGGACACCCCUGGAGGGUCACCUACCUAUGUGAAGAACGCCAUGUCACUGCCCUUUCUCAAUGAUGAGGACAGAGGGGACAGUUUGGUGGCAAAGAGUUUGUCCUCAAGCCCUUUAAAGCAUCACGGGGAGGUGGUAGAUGGGAGAGGCGCAGCUGCAGCUUCUCACUUUCUUGAGCUGGAAGAGAAAAGCUUCGGGGAGCUGACUGAGCUACCAGAGAACUCGUACCACUACGGCGGUGGCAUGAAGCACGCAGAGUCAGUGAUGUCUUUCCAUCUCGACCUGGGACCCUCCAUGAUGGGGGACAUCCUCGGGGUGAUGGAGAAGGAGGAUGACGAUCUCGGCUACGAGGAGGGCAAGAGCAGCGAAGGCCGUGCCUCACCGCCACUCAGCAUCCACGGUGAGGAGGAAGAUAGCGUGGUGGGAGAGAAAGAUGGCGAUGCAGAGGAGGAGAUGGAGGAAGAAGAAGAAGAAAUGAAGCUGCAGGCCUCUAUGCAACCAGCCAGCUCUGUAGAUCUGGGGCCUGAGCAUGGAGGCCCCUACACCCCAGAGUACACCCCCGAAACUCUGCCCAAACACUUGCAGCACCUGGACAGCUGUUCCAUGUCCAGCUCUGGCUCUGCUGCCCUGGAUGAGAAACCGAACUGCCAGACGUAUGCAGGAGAUACAGACAGCGCCACCUUCUGUGCCCCGCCAGAGGAGGAGAGCAACUUCUCAUCUUUCUUGGAGGAUGAAGACGAUGAGAUCCGCUUGUGAAACUGAAGUCCACUGAAAAAAAAUAGGGACACAGCUCUGGAAGUGGUUUAUGUGAAAAUAGCAAGUCCUUUGACAGUUUGGAUUUGCACUUGAACAGAAAUAAGACACUUUCGUCUGUUGGGUACUGUGGGAAUGGGGCUGUGAAAAAGAGGGAGAACUCUUACUUUGUAGGUCCGCAAGGAGAGAGUGACUGCUCCUUUUGAAAGAGCCCAAACACCAUCUGUCAGAGAGCCUUACCCUCCACUGUCAAUCUGUCUAUACCUUUUUGAACACUGAGGGAACUGACAUGGAAGAACAGCCACUCUGAAUAUGGAACAUUCCAAAAGUAAGAAGGGAGGAGGAAGAGUUAGAAAGAACAUUUUAGGGGAAACACUUUCCAUAAAUAAAGCUCAGUUCAUCCCUUCUGUCUCUUUUCUCUCAUGUCACAUGUGCUUUUCAAAUUUGGUUUGUCUUUCUUCUUCAUGUUGUUGUGUUUUCUCUCACUGACUGUGGGACAUCAUGAGGCCUGAGCUGAACAGAAGGCCUCUGUCACCACAGGAUUUCUGCUGGUGAUCUUGUCACAAUAAAGGGGGCUGUGUUUGUCACUGGAGUGUGAAGCCCUGCCUUAAGCCCCUUUCAUCUGAAAAUAUUAUAUUAAAGUGCCAUAGAUCUGUCAAAGCUUUUUCCUUAUGUAACUCUGGGUCCUUGUGACACUACUCAAAGGCUGCAAUAUCCUGCUGUAAAUCUAGACCACAAAGCUCAGACCCCAAAUUAUCAAAUUCACAGGCUUAGCCUCUGUGUACAUUAAAGAAAAGCAGAUUUGUUAAGCUAAUUGAGAUACAUUGGCUUGUAUUAACUGAAGCAUUGUGUCAAGGUGUGAAGAGGAGUGUGUAAAGAGGGAUUUUCCACUGAACAGAUUAUUUCCUGAAGAAAUAAUAAUCAUGAUUGAACAGUUUUCAGAUAACUGACACAAAUUAGCUUCCUUCUUAUUAUUAAUGUUUCCUUUCAAGUUGAAACUGAAAAGUUUGGUAACCACUUCCUUCCUUGUUCUCAUGCGCCCAAGCAGCUACAGUGGUUCAACUGAAUUGUGUAAAUGAUCUUGAUUUGUUCAGUGGCUGCCUUACUGUUUCCACUACUACUCAUGGUGAUAGAUUUAAGGUAUGUUUUCUUUAAAAUCAGUGCAGCAGGCACAAUUUAACCAGACACUACUAGUAUUUGGUGUUUGUUUUAUCUUUGAAAAAAAAGUGCUUUGUUAUUCACGAUUAUAUGUUGAUGAAAAGGAAAAACACAGCCAGCAAUAGAUGCAAGGGCAUAAAAAAAAUCUAUUUUUAUGCAAGUUGCAUAGUCAUUGCAGCUUGACUGUAUCUCUUGCAUCAUUAGAAGCCGCGGCCAGAAGUAUCGAGGCUCAGUUGCGCUGAUUGAUUUCACUGCCUUAACUGAAACUGACAGACGUGCCAAAUCCAAAUUUUCUAGCCAAAAAUAAUUUUACUUGUGAAGCCCACUUUUGGGAGAGCCUGUCAAAUCUGUCUGUCUUUGCUUCUCUGUGUGGGUAAUCACUGUUGAAAUUUAAGUGUAAGGCAGAGUUCCAGCUCAUAGAUAAAAAUAAUAAUAAAGAAGUGUUCCUGGUUGUGUCAAAUCAUGAAGGGGAACAAGUAAAAUAAAUCAUUUGUAUAACUGGAUAUUUAUAUUUCCAAUUACUCAAACACUACAUAAUAUAUUCAGGUAAUUUCUAGGGUUAACAACCUUGUGCGAAUGCCAGUUGUCUGUGUUGCCCUUUCUGUGUAAUGUGUAUUAUGCCUUCCUCUGUUUACCUUUUUUUCUGUAUUAUUCAAAAUAACCUAUAUUUUUCAAUAAAAGAAAUCCCAAAUGUCAA